AUGGCAGAAUUGUAUUGUCCGUUGCUAACGGGAAAUUGGCUUAAAAUUAUGAGACAACAAUGGAAAGAUACAGUUUUUUUUAUAGAUGAAAUCUCAAUGGUGCCGUACGAAAUGUUAUGUAUGAUUGACUCACGCUUGAAACAACUAAAAAAUAAUGAAGAUUUUUUCGGAGGAAUAAAUAUUUUGGUAUUAGGAGACUUAAUGCAGUUACCUCCAGUUAGAGCUUCUCAAGUUUUUCAACAACCUGAACGUAUGAUUCCAGCUACACGUCUUUGGGGAUUGUUUUCGCUUGUCGAAUUGACAGAAAAUAUGAGACAACAAGGAGAUCAAACAUUCAUUGAUAUAUUAAAUGCAUUGAGAGUUGGAGAGCUGAUGCAAAGCCAAAUUGAAAUAUUGAUAAACAAACAAAGCACUGACACGGAUGGAGAAUUUGCACUUGAGAAGGCCUUAAGGAUCUACCCAACUAAUGACCAAGUUAACAAUCAUAAUCAAAAAGUGCUUAAUUAUUUCAAAAGCAAAGGUGUCAAGAUGUGGAAAAUCAAAGCACAAGAUAAAUUAGUGGAUUCGACAAGAAAACUUAAUAAUGACAAUACCAUUGACUCUAUUAUUCCUAAAGAUAACGACAAAACUGGAGGUUUGCCAAAGGAAAUCGAAAUUUUCGUAGGAGCUAAAGUUAUGCUUAGAACCAAUUUAAAUGUAUCUCAAGGACUUGUAAAUGGUGCAAUAGGAAAUAUCACAGAGAUUAACUGGCCCAAUUUUACUAGAGAUCAACUUUAUGAUGAAUGUAUACCAACAUCAAUUCGCGUCGAGUUUGGAAGAGAUGGUAUCAAUAAAAUCGAGCCCAUAUCUAUUCAGUUUUCUGCGAUGCGCAGUUAUGGUACUGCUGAGCGUAGAAUGUUGCCAAUAAUUUUGUCAUGGGCAGUAAACCGCACACAAGUUACAUGGCUCCACCGUCGAUCAUGCUGUCGUUUAUCUUGGACCAAGGCUCUUUAA